AAGGACCUGCCGAGCCAGAGAAAGAUGUGAGGGGAGAGGAAAUGGAUCCCCCUCCCCACCUGGAUUGCCGGGUGCCCUCCGAUGAGGUCUUUGCUAGCAGGAUUCUGGACAUUUGAUUCCCUUCCCUCGGACACCGCGCCAGGUUUUUCUAUCGUUGCUUUGGGAGAUCCUCGCCCCUGAAGGAACGCCUCGCAGCUUCCUGGCGUUCUGAGAUAAAGUCUCGUCCUGGGAGAAGGAGGGCUUCUGGAGGCCUGGAAGGAGGGGGACGCGGCCCGGAGCGGGGCGUCCGGCAUCGGCAUGCAGGUGUCCUUCGUGUGCUCGGAGCACAGCCUCAAGGGCCGGGGCACCGAGGAGCGGCUGGGCCGGCCGGCAGCCAGCAGCCCCAGCCUGGGCUCCCGUGGCCGCUUCCGCGCCGUGGCCAUGGUGGCCCGGAGCCUGGGACAUCUGUCCACGCAGAGCCUCCCAUGCGCCGGUGACACCAGCGUGAAACAGCCGGGGAUGAAAUAUAGGUACGGGGCCCCGGGGGGCUUCAGGGGUUCAGGCUGCCCCCCAUCACCCGCCUCAGAGAGGGCCAGGAAAAUCUGCAAAUCCGUGGUCAGAUGUGGGCACUUGGCAUCCUGAGAGG